AUUAGCAACUGGCCUGUGACGUAAUGCCUCGUGACGAACUCGUAAGUCGUCGCGUAUUUCCGACACUCCUCGCGCCUCUUGAGCGUGCCGUGCUGCUUGUAUAACAGUAGCGGUACCAGUCGGUCCGGCGGAGCUGAAGGCUGGGAUGGUGAUGGCGACCGUCGGAGUCGGUGUCUUACAGUCCGUUUGAUUGAGGAAAACCAGAAUAUAAGCUGUGUGUGUGUGCAGCACGAAGCCUGUAUAAUGGAAGGACGUGCCUUUCCCGAACAAGAACAGCUCCUACAGUUUUUGAGGAGGCUCAAGGAGGUUUUCGACGUCUGUGACGAGGAUGCUGACGGCUUCAUCCGGGUGGAGCACUUGAUGGACCUCGGUCUUCAAUUCGGUCAAGGAGACGAGGUGAAGAAGUUGACAAGGUACCUGGAUCCUAACGCUCAUGGGAAAAUCAACUUCAAAGACUUUUGCCACGGAGUGUUUGCUAUCAAAGGUUGUGAAGAAAUAAUGAAGAUGACCGUGGGUCCUCGCAGCCAUGCCUCCAGCCAGCCAUCUGUCACAGACAAUGGCUAUAUAUACCAGAAUGGUGAGGCAAAGCUUGGUCCUCCAAUUAUCAUGUGUACACGGUCCUACCAGGAAAGCACGUGUGCUGAUGGCGAGUGCGACAUGGACAGCAGCACUGAAAAUGGCAACAGCUCUGACUCACUUCACCCAACACGGCAACGCAGCCGCCUGAUUGGCUCAGCGUCUGCGCCCGUCAUCUCUAGAGAGGAGCAGUUUGAAGACUACGGUGAAGGGGAGGAUGUAGAUUUUACUCCCAGCAGCCCUUGCCCUGAAGAAGAAACACGAACAAAUGGUUUCUCAGAUCUUGGAUCCUCGCUUCCCUCCAGUGCUGGCCACACCCCUCAAAAGAUGCGGCAGCUGUAUAACAGUGAGCUGCUGGACAUCUACUGUUCGCAGUGCUGCAAGAAAGUGAAUCUACUCAAUGACUUGGAGGCUCGACUGAGAAACCUCAAGGCCAACAGUCCUAACAGGAAGAUUUCCAGCACAGCAUUUGGACGUCAGCUGUUCCAGGCCAAUCACAGCGUGUUUGGGUCCAGUCAGGGCAGCAGCACAGAGGAUCUGUUCACAGACAGUAUCGACUCCUGUGACCUUGACAUCACAGAGAAAGUCAGCUACCUGGAGAAAAAGGUGACCGAACUGGAAAGUGACAGUCUGGCCAACAAUGACCUCAAGUCUAAACUCAAGCAUGACAACACCCACCUUGUGCACAGGGUUCAUGAGCUAGAGGAGCAGGUGAAGGAUGCAGAGACAAAGUCUGCAGAGAGUCUCAAAGAAGAGGUGAAGAAACACCGGGAGGCUUACACCAAGAUGGAGAGAGAUAGAAACACAGAGAUAGAGCUGCUCUGUAACAGGUUACAGCAGUUAGAAGAAGAGAAUACAGAGAUGAAGUUGAAUGUGUGCAGACUCAAGUCUCAGACUGAAAAAAUGGAUCAGGAGAAGCAGAGGGUGACAGACAAACUGGAGGACACUAGUUUGAGGCUGAAAGAUGAGAUGGACCUGUACAGGAAGAUAAUGGACAAGCUCUGGCAAAACCGCCACGAGUUUCAGAAGGAAAAAGAGUCCAUGCAGGAGCUGAUUGAUGAUCUCCGUCGGGAGCUCGAGUAUCUGCAGUUGUUUAAACUGGAGAUGGAACAUCCUGGGAAAGGCAAGGGGCUGUCUGAGUUUAACGCCAAAACCAGGGAGAUGGAAAUGGAACAUGAAGUGAAGAGACUGAAACAGGAGAACCACAAGCUGCGCGAUCAAAACGACGACCUGAACGCUCAGAUUCUCAGUCUGAGCUUGUACGAGGCCAAGAACCUGUUCUCCUGUCAAACCAAGGCCCAGUGCCUGGCAGCUGAGAUUGACAACGCUUCCAGAGAUGAGCUUGUGGAUGCUUUGAAGGAGCAGGAGGAGAUCAACCUGCGUCUGAGGCAGUACAUGGACAAAAUCAUUUUGGCCAUUCUCGACCACAAUCCUUCCAUCCUGGAGAUCAAGAAUUAAACACAAUGCACAUUUGUAUUAGUGAAGCUGUGCUGAUCUACCGUUACCUUUAGUCCGUAAAGUUGUAAUCCAUAACAUUCCUGUCCUGGCUGAAGCUGAUGGAGCUGCUUACGCUACAGACAAACACAUUCGCAUUGUUCACUCAGUGAUGUUUUUUUUUUCACAGAUAUUGUGCACGUUUGGUCCCCCCUGUGAGAUGUAAAUCUUAAGCUGCAGUACAAAAUGCAGGAAAUGUUCUGUUGGUGGACAUAAAUAUUUUUUCCUGCUGAACUGCAGCAAACAGUUCACAUUAAAGCUUUCCUGCAUUUCAGCAUCAACUCUUUGGGUAUCAUUGCUUUUACUUGGAAGGUGACACUAACCCUGGAUAUUUAAUCCCUUUAAUGUGUGACCACUUUGAAUCUGGUAACACAUUUUAAUGUGUGGAUGUUACCACAAAUUACUGAUAAUGCAAUAAAUGGGCAGUUUUUGGUUUGGGUACAAUCAGAAUCUGAUGUCACUAAAAAGUUAAGGAUUACAACUUUACAUUGCAGCUAACAUUCUGAAUGUUUGACACUUGCACACAAAUGUAUGUACAUUACCACAGCAGCUGGUCUCCACAUCCACCCGAAGUAAACGCCUCUUUAUAAGGAAUCACUGUAGAGCAACUUUGCCAUUUUAAUCUUAUCCACCGAUGUUUAUCACUGUAUGUUUGAAAGUACAUAAAAGAAAAGCAUCUUUCCUGUAUGUUAUGUAAUUUGGACAACUGUCUUUGACUCACAGGCACCAAGUGGAAAACAGAUUUAAGAAGUGAAGCAAAUAAAAUGGGAAGGUGAACCGUUUCUGUAGUAAAAUCAGAAACGAGUUGUUCUGUAGAGAUUGUCGAUAGCUACACAGUACAUGAACACUGAUGUAAGCCUUUCUGGUGACACUCAACUUUUCAGUUCUUGUGAUCAUUUGAUUGCGUUUCUAACCCUUUAAUUUAGCUGUUUGAACACAGCCGAAUGUUUACAUUGAACCAUAUGCUUUUAUAUCGGUUUUCAGUAGUAGUUCCAAAUGUUAAUGUCACUAACUACAUGAAGCCUUUGCUUUCUGAAGACUUUUCACUAUAGAGAUAUUUAAAGGUGCCAAUGAACAGAAUUAUGUGCCAAAUCAUUUGUUUUCCACAAAUAAUCUAGUAGAUGAAGAGCAUCAUACUGCAGAGCUGGAUGGCUUACAUGUACUUGUAUAUUAGCCAAAUUAGCAUGUGUAUCUAUGAAUCCAGAACUGUAACAUGCAUUUAUUAAUAAAUGUGUAGAAAUGUGCGCACAUCAUAAAAACUGCAAGUCCAGAUCGUGUCGUGCUGUUCUGAUCUGAGCUUAUUCCAAAUUUUCUCACCAAACAUGAAAAUAUUCAGGUUCAGGAAAUUGUAUUUAGCUUUGCAAGGAAAUGAAUACAUGUGACACAUGUGGUGAAGCUCGAGGAUUUUAACAGUGUGAACUAAUGAUGUUCUUUGCAUUGAAUAUAGAUUACAAGAAAACUCUGUGGAGCACCUUUAAAAUCAGGUUCUGCACUGUAGCCCAACUAUGAAAGCACAUAGCACGUGAUAUAGUAACACACUUGUUUCGUAGGCAAAGUUUAUAUACCUGGAACAAUGAUUUUAAAAUAGGGUGUAAACAUUCUUGUUCUGUCAAAAUUCACAUGUUCACAUUGAUUUCUUUUAUUUUUGUACCACACAUGGAGCAAUGGGUGACUAGAUGUGUAAAUAAAAUCCAUUCGCUUAGCACCACAAA